UUUUAUUGUUAUCCAACUCUGCGUGCAUAUGUCUAUAACUUUAGCUGCUGUGUGUGGUUUGACAGGAGUGCAUGCACAAAGUUCUGCAGGUCUUCGCUGCGGUUCGGCUCCCCAAAUGGCUCGGAUUAUUAUUUUUGCCCCGCAUCUGCACGGGACUAGCGCUGCUUUGAUUCUGCUGCUCGCGCUCAUCCUCACAGGUGAUGCAGCAGCCGCAGAUGUUUUCGACAGCUACGGAUUGUCGUACGCCCUGAGGGCUGAGUUUUCGGAAGACGCAAUAUUGGUUGCCAAUAAUGGGAUCCGCGUGCCUUUCGGGAGAUCUGUUUCCAUUGAUCCCAUCAACGAUUUGGUUAUCCAAGUUCAGCCCGGUGACAGAUGCAGCGUUACAGUUUUGGAUAACGACCCCCUGUCUCAAAAGCCGGGGCACCUGUCUCCGAAAAAGUUUCCAUGUGAAUUUGGCCCCAGCGACGUGAAGUACUCUCACUUUGGCUCCAGGAGUCCUCCGAGGGACAGAGUGAGGUUACAGCUCAGGUAUGACACGCAAACGGAUACAAUUAUAAUCCCGUUCAUGAUGGAGGUGGAGGUUAUUUUUACACAGCUGGAAGUGGUGACAAAGAAUAUGCCACUUACUGUUGACAAACUGUUUGGCACAAGUAAUCCCAUAGACAAAGGAAUAUUGGAAUUUACCUUUGAUAGGAGUGCACAACAAUGUAAACUCGUCUCCCUCACCAGUGGCAGCAUGCUGCCCAGAUAUGGAAAAAUUGUGGAUGACAGCCUGGGAACAAUGGUAGACUGUGAUGAUUUUAUUAAGAUGAACACGCACUACCAGCACACUUUUGCUUUAAAGUCCCCCAACAGAGAUUACAUCCCCAUGCUUGUGGAAUUACAGGACAGGGAAGGGAACGUGCUCAAGCAAGAAUUCUUCCAGAUUCUGGUGAGAAUAAAGGAUGGGGAGGACAACACCCCUCCUAAACCCAGCUUUGUUGCCAUGAUGAUGAUGGAAGUUGACCAGUUUGUAAUGACAGCAGUGACUCUGGAUAUGUUGGCUGCAGAGGAUGUGGAGUCCAAUCCUGAUGAAUUAAUUUUCAAUAUCACCUCCCCCCUCACAUUUGAUGAAGGUUAUAUAGUCAGCACAGAUGACAGGAAUUUACCAAUAACUUCAUUUUACCAAGGAGACCUCAAAGAAUUGAAAAUUGCAUAUAAACCUCCAGCUGUGGAUUCAGACACUGAAAGAAUUUUUCAGAUUGAGUUUGAGGUGGUGGACACAGAGGGGGCUGUAUCAGACCCAUUUGCUUUCAUGAUUGUUGUUAAGCCUAUGAACACACUGGCCCCUGUGGUCACAAGAAAUACAGGGCAGUUACUGUAUGAAGGUCAGUCCAGGCCUUUGUCUAGCUCACAGAAUCUGGAAAUAAGUGAUGAAGAUAAUUUAGAUAAAGUCCAAAUUACUGUCAUUGAUGGCCUGAGGCAUGGAGAGUUGACCAUUUUGGGUUCCAGGAGAAAAUUUUUUACCCCAGCUGACCUCGAUUCUGGAGUAGUUACCUACAGACAUGAUGGCAGUGACACAUACAGUGAUAAUAUUAUUUUCAGAAUGACAGAUGGCAAACAUGAAGUGGAGUUUUUGUUCCCUAUCACCGUUGUGCCAACAGAUGAUGAGCCGCCCAUUAUCAAUGCCAACACUGGUUUGAUUUUGUUCAAAAACCAAAUGAUGCAAAUUUCCUCGCUUAUGCUCAGUGCAGCUGAUAUCGAUUCAGAAGAUUCAACAAUAAAAUUCACAUUAGAGCCUCCUUUUUCAACAAUCGGGCAGGUGUUGCUCCGCCAGUCUGAGGCACCAGAGGACCCAUCUUCCUGGAAGUUUAAUACAGAUGAUGAAAUGUAUGAAAAAGUUGUAAAUGAAUGGCUGCAGCAGGAUAUUAGUGAUGGAAAACUAUUCUACAAGCACUCUGGGCUCCAUAGCACCAGUACAGUCAUGGAUCAGUUUGUAUUUAAAGUACAAGAUGACAAUGAUCCACCUAAUCAGUCAGGUAAAAGCACUUUUAUAAUAAAAAUUCUCCCAGUUGAUGACAUUCCACCUGAGGUGUACCCUGGUACCACCCUACAAAUGACUGUGCAUGAAUAUCAGCUUACAUACUUUAAGAAAAACUCCCUCCGGUACACAGACCUUGACUCAGAGGAUCGGGAUCUCAAAUACACAAUUAUCCAACCACCAACAGAUACAGAUGAUAAUAACCCUGUUGUAUUGGGAGCUCUUGUGUUGACUGAAAACCCCAACAUUGAAGUCACAAGUUUCACUCAGGCACAAAUUAACCACCAUAAAAUAUCUUACAAACCACCUGAUCUUGAGCUUGGGAUUUCCACGCAUGUUUUACAGUUCAAGUACACCGUGGAGGAUGAUUCUGGAAACAGUGCAGGAGGAUUUUUCACAAUAUUUUUAAAGCCUGUGGAUAACAAACCACCACAAAUAACAAACUCUGGGUUUACUGUGCAUGAACGUGGCAGACAUAUCCUAACUAGAGCCGAGCUGGACACCAUAGACACAGACACAGACAGCAACAAAAUAAUCUUUGCUGUUACACAACCUCCUCUUCAUGGGCAGCUGCAAUUUACAUUCACUGACAUGAAAAAGGGUGAUACUUUCAACUUGCAGCACAUUGGAAAUGGCAUGAUCUCAUACAUUCAUAGCGGAGAUGAAUCAUCAGUAGAUUUAAUACAAAUAGAUGUCAGUGAUGGGGUGCACAUUGUCCCAAUAACUAUAAAGAUUACCAUAAAACCAGUUGAUGAUGAAACUCCAACUAUCAUUCUUCCAGCUGGCACAAUAGGCUCCUACUUAGAUGUACUGGAAAAUGAAGCUACAGAAAUCACAAGUAAUGUCAUCCAGGGAAGAGAUGAGGACACUGAUGACCUCCGACUGACCUUCAUUGUUGAAGACAAACCAUCAUUUGGUGAAAUUCUGGUGAAAGGGGUUCCAUCUGACACAUUCACUCAGGCUGAUAUCAUUAAUGGAUUUGUGGUCUAUGCUCACACCAGUGGAGAGAUAGGCCUGAACACAAAAGAAGACUUUUUCAAUCUCACUCUGACUGAUAUGUCUGAUGAGUGGACUGUGGGAGGAAAUAAAAUCACAGGUGUUAGAGUGCAUGUAACUAUUCUUCCCCUGGACAGCCAGGCUCCAGAGGUCUUUGUUAGGCCGCAGUUCACUGUUACAGAGGGAGAAAAGAAUGUCAUUCAGAUCCUUCAUAUAAGUGCCAAUGAUGUUGAUACCCCCAACGAUGACCUUCUCUGUACAAUUAUUGUACAGCCCACUUCAGGGUAUGUGGAAAACAUCUCUCCAGCCCCAGGCUCAGAGAAAUCCAGGUCUGGCACAGCUAUUAGUGCUUUCACCAUCAAGGACAUCAGACAGAAUCACAUUUACUAUGUUCAAAGCAUUCACAAAGGAGUCGAAUCAGUAGAGGACAGAUUUACCUUCAGAUGCUCUGAUGGCAUCAAUUUCUCUGAAAGGUACUUUUUCCCCAUCUCCAUAAUCCCCUCUAAUGAUGAAAAGCCUGAGAUUUACAUGAGAGAAUUUAUAGUUAUGGAGGGGAUGAACAUAGUUAUUGACACUCCCAUCCUGAAUGGUGCUGAUGCAGAUCUCCCUGCUGAUCAGCUCACAUUCUUUAUCACCAAACCUCCCAGGCAUGGAUUUAUUCUCAACCAGCUCACCACUGGCUCCCACCCAGUAUCUAACUUCACUUUGGAUCAGAUCAGGGAGGCCUCCGUUAUUGUGUAUGAGCAUGAUGGCUCAGAGACAACAGAGGAUCGUUUUGAUAUUAUUCUCACAGAUGGAAAGUUCAGCGCAGAGAAAACUGUGAUAGUUAUGGUAAUCCCUGUGGACGAUGAAACUCCAAGGAUGGCCAUCAAUGAUGGCCUUGAAAUUGAGAUAGGUGAAGUUAAAGUAAUUAAUAACAAUGUUUUAAAAGCUACUGAUCUGGACUCUGAGGAUAGUACGUUAACUUAUAUUAUUAGAUAUGGGCCCGGUCAAGGAUAUUUACAAAGAACAAUAUCAUCUGGGGAAUUGCAAAAUAUAACUGUCGGGAUGAAUUUUACACAAAAUGAAGUGGAUCAGGAACUAAUUGUUUACAUCCACAAUGGGCAAGAGGGAAUUCGUGAUCUCAUCAAAUUUGAUGUGACAGAUGGAUUCAACCCUUUAAUUGACAGAUACUUUUAUGUUACAAUUGGUGGCAUUGACAUGGUCUUCCCUGAUGUGGUUAGUAAGGGUGUAUCCCUUAAAGAGGGUGGCAGAGUUACUUUGACAACUGACCUUCUCAGUACAAGUGACCUUAACAGCCCAGAUGAACACUUAGUUUUCACCAUCACCCGUGCUCCUGUGAGAGGGCACUUAGAAUGCACUGACAUACCUGGGAUGCCAAUCUCAUCUUUUACACAGCUCCAGAUGGCAGGUAAUAAAAUCUUCUACAUCCACACCGCUGACGACGAGGUGAAAAUGGAUAGCUUUGAAUUUGAAGUGACUGAUGGCUACAACCCAGUGUUUCGCACUUUCCGUAUCUCCAUCACUGAUGUGGACAACAAAAAGCCUGUAGUAACAGUACACAGUCUGGUGGUGACAGAGGGAGAAAACAAGCUCAUCACACCAUUUGAACUAACAGUAGAAGACAGAGACACAGUUGAUCGGCUCUUGAAAUUCACGGUUACUCAAAUCCCAGUCCAUGGUCGCCUGCUCUUCAACAACACCCGACCUGUCACCUCUUUCACAAAGCAAAACCUGAAUGAGAACUUGAUCAGCUACAAACAUGAUGGCACAGAGAGUUCAGAGGACAGUUUCUCCUUCACUGUCACAGACAGCGCCCAUACAGACUUCUAUGUCUUCCCUGACACUGUUUUUGAGACUCGAAAGCCCCAAGUGAUGAGGAUUAUGAUUCUUCCUGUGGAUAAUGGGGUGCCACAGAUUGUAGUAAACAAAGGUGCCUCAACAAUGCAGGUUCUGGAGACAGGUCAUCUGGGUUUUGUCAUCACCAGCAAGACCCUUAAAGCAGAGGACAGAGACAGCAUACAUGGUUUUGUGACAUUUAGGAUUACUGCAGGCCCAGAACAUGGCUACCUGAUCAAUCUUGGAAGAGGAAAUGCCACUAUCACAAGCUUCACACAAGCUGAAAUUGAUGACAUGAACAUAUGCUACGUUCUGAGGGAUGGUGACACUGCCACAAAUGAUGUCUUUCACUUCUCCAUCGAGGAUAGUGGAGGCAACAAACUAAGGAACCAGCAGUUUAGACUGAACUGGGCUUGGAUUUCUUUGGAGAAGGAACACUAUGUGGUGGAUGAGGAGGUCAAGUUCCUAGAGGUUGUACUGAAACGCCGUGGUUACCUGGGGGAGACUUCAUUUGUUGGCAUUGGCACGAAGGAUGAUUCUGCAAAAAAGGACAAAGACUUUCGCGGGAAGUCUCAGAAACAGGUGCAGUUCAACCCAGGCCAGACCACAGCCACCUGGAAGGUCAGAAUCCUGCCAGACAGCGAGUACGAAGUGUCUGAGAUGUUCCAGAUUGUCCUGUCUGAACCAGUGAUGGCUGCUCUUGAAUUUCCAGAGGUCUCUUUCGUGGAGAUCCUGGACCCUGGUGAUGAAUCCAUGGUGUAUAUACCGUCAGCUGUGUACAACAUAGAGGAGGACAUCGGUGAGCUGCUUAUUCCUGUUCGCAGGAGUGGCGAUGUCAGCCAAGAGCUCAUGGUUAUAUGCUACACCCAGCAAGUUUCGGCCACAGGCACAGUCCCUACCACGGUGCUCUCCUACUCUGAUUACAUCUCCAGGCCUGAGGACCAUCACAGCAUCCUGCGCUUUGACAAGGGAGAGAUAGAGAAAUCCUGUCGGAUAGUGAUAAUUGAUGAUUCCCUGUGUGAAGAUGAGGAAAGCUUCAAUGUCACCCUCAGCAUGCCCAUGGGGGGCCGCCUGGGCUCAGAGUUCCCCACUGCCAAAAUCAUAAUCAUUCCCGAUAUGGAUGAUGAUCCUGUUUUCUACUUUGGAAGCACAGAAUACCAUGUGGAUGAGAGUGAUGGCUUUGUGGAAGUGCAGGUGUGGAGGACAGGGACUGAUCUUUCCAAAGGAGGAACUGUCACAGCGCGCUCCAAAAAGACAGAUCCUGUCUCUGCUGAGGCUGGUGUGGAUUAUAUGGGGAUCAGCCGGAAUCUGGACUUUGCACCAGGGGUCACCAUGCAGACGUUCCGCGUGACCAUUCUGGAUGAUCUAGGUCAGCCGGUGCUGGAAGGACCAGAGAAGUUUGAACUUGUACUACGAAUGCCCAUGAAUGGGAUCCUCGGGGAGCCAAGCAAGACUGUCAUCAUCAUCAAUGACUCUGUUUCUGACCUGCCAAAGGUGCAGUUCCGUCAUGCUGUGCAUGUAGGAAAUGAAAAUGCAGGACAGAUCUCAGCUACUGUGUAUCGUAGCGGCGAUAUCAGCUACAAGUCUACAGUUCGCUGUUACAGCCGACAGGGAACAGCUCAGGUCAUGAUGGACUUCAAUGAGAGGCCAAACACAGAUGCCUCCAUUAUCACCUUCUUACCAGGAGAAAGUGAAAAACCAUGUUUACUCAUGCUGGUUGAUGACACAAUACAUGAGGAAGACGAAGAGCUUCGUCUUGUGUUGGGAAGCCCCAGGAGUACUUCUCCUUUUGGAGCAUCUAUUGGGAAGCAGAAUGAAACACUCAUUAAGAUAAAUGAUGAUUCAGACAAGCCCAUUAUUAGUUUUGGAGAGACCAACCUGAGUGUGAAUGAACCAAAGGAAAAGGGUCAAAUCUCUGUGGUGAAGAUCCCCGUGUUGCGAGUUGGAGACGCCUCCAAAGUCUCUGUUGUUCGAGUUCACACCAAAGAUGGAUCUGCUACCUCCGGGGAGGACUACCAUCCAAUUUCCGAGGAAAUAGUGUUCAAACAGGGUGACGCAGAGCACUAUGUGGAGGUGGAGGUUUUAUAUGAUGGUGUCAGAGAAAUGAGAGAGGCCUUCACUGUCCAUCUUAAGCCUGAUGAGAACAUGGUGGCAGAAACAAAGAUGAGCAAAAUCAUUAUUUAUAUUGAAGAGUCCGACAGCAUGGCAGAUGUCACAUUUCCUUCUACACCCAGAGUGGUUUCUCUGUAUCAUUAUGAUAACAUCAAAACGAGUGAGGACUCUCUGCCUGUGGCUGGAUACCCGGUCGUCUGUGUCACUGCAUGCAACCCCAAGUACCCAGACUUCUACAAAACCGGCUCUAUUUGCUUAAGCGAGAACAUCAACAACACUUUGACUCGCUACCGUUGGCUUGUGAGCGCUCCCACAGGUCCAGACGGUGUCACCAGCCUAAUGAGGGAAGUUGACUUUGACACUUUCUUCACCUCCUCGAAACUCAUAACUUUGGACUCAGUCUAUUUCCAAGCUGGUUCUAGGGUCCAGUGCGUUGCAAGGGCUGUGAACUCUAAUGCGGAUGAAGGUCUAGAACUUAGUAGCCCCAUAGUGUCAAUCAGCACCGACAAAGGAAUGUGUCAGCCUCGUGUUGCAGGCACAGUUGGGGCUGAACCCUUCUCUGCCAAGCUGCGAUACAGUGGAGCAGAGGAUUCAGAGCACCCCAAUCUCAUCAAAUUAACUGUCACAAUGCCUCACAUUGAUGGAAUGCUGCCCGUCGUGUCCACCAGACCCCUUUCCAAUUUCGAGCUGACUCUGAGCCUUGAUGGGACCCGCGUUGGCCACCAUCGCUGCUCCAAUUUGUUGGACUACAAUGAGGUCAAGACCCGCUACGGCUUUCUUACUGAAGCCACCAAGAAUUCUGAGGUAAUCGGCAACACGGAACCUUACCAAUACGACACUUCGCUGAGGGGAUCCGGGACGCUCCGGUUCUACAGAAAUCUCAACUUGGAGGCUUGUUUGUGGGAAUUCACCAGCUACUAUGACAUGUCAGAGCUCCUUAGUGACUGUGGAGGUACCAUUGGGACUGACGGACAGGUGCUGAAUCUGGUCCAGUCCUAUGUGACCCUCCGGGUCCCACUGCAUGUGUCCUAUGUCUUUCACUCCCCUGUGGGAGCAGGAGGUUGGCAGCACUUUGACUUGCAGUCAGAGUUGAGGCUCACUUUUGUGUACGACACUGCCAUCUUAUGGAGGGAUGGAAUCGGUAGUCCGGCAGAGGCUGAACUGCAAGGUGCUCUGUACCCAUCCAGCAUGCGUAUAAAUGUCCAGGGACAACUGGUGGUUAACUUCCGCACAGAGGCUCGAUUCAGAGGCCUGUUUGUGCUCAAUCACCCAGGUACCGUAUUGCAGAUGUGUCACUAUUUUUUUUUUUUUCUUUUCUUGUCAGCUUCAUUGCUCACGUCCAUGGUCAUGUGUUCGGACCACACUGGUUUAACCUUUAACCUCAGUCUUGUUAGGAGUGAGCCAACCUACAGCCAGCCUAUUCAGCAGUGGACAUUCAUCUCUGAUUUAGCAGUGCGGGAUUAUUCAGGUAUAUACACAGUGAAACUGAUCCCCUGUACUUCCCCUCCAAACCUGGAGUACUCCAUCCCUCCCAUCUGCAAUCCCAGAGAGCCGCUCACCUUUGACCUGGAUAUUCGCUUUCAGCAGGUUAGUGACCCAGUGGCUGCUGAGUUCAGUUUAAACACGCAGAUGAUCUUACUCUCCAAACGGAUGCUCUGGCUCUCAGACGGUUCCAUGGGCUUUGGACAGGAGAGCGACACAGCUUUCUCCCAAGGGGAUACUAUUUAUGGCCGAGUGAUGGUGGAUCCAGUGCAAAACUUGGGUGACUCCUUUUUUUGCAACAUAGAGAAAGUCUUCCUGUGUACAGGAGCUGAUGGAUACGUUCCAAAAUACAACCCCAGCAGCUUUGAGUUUGGCUGUCUGGCUGACGCUCCUUCACUGCUGUACAGAUUCAAAAUCAUUGAUAAGGCUCAACCGGAGACCCAGGCCCGCUCAUUUGGCGAUGUGGCCUUUAAUGCUUUCCUGGCAGUGGAUGACCCCGGUGCGUUACCUUUGGUGAGGCAACCUGGAGCAGAUGGUUUCAGAAUGGAUUCUACCGCUUUGUUUCAGGUGGCUGCGGGGAGAGAGUGGUACAUCCACGCCAUCUAUACCGUCCGUUCCCGGGACAAUGCUAAUCGUGGCAUCGGGAAAAGAAGCCUGGAAUAUCAUGUGAUGAGCCAACACUUGAAUCCCCUUCAAAAGGGUCAGCAUCGCACCAGAAGAUCAGUGGAUGAUGUGCCAGACAUCGUAAAGAAGAUCGGCGAGAACAGCAACCGUGGCACCAACAUCCUGCACAUCGCUCUGAACCGAAGCAGUCAGUGGAAGACAAGUCAAGACGGGGAAAUCUCCACAGAAAGAAACAUCCCCGAUGCGGUCAACCAAAAGGACAGUGACGACAAACUGGUGUUAAUCAUCGGUGUAUUUGUUGGACUGCUUCUUACCGUGCUCCUCAUCAUUAUAGUGGUGGUGGUGCUACGAGCCAAGCAAGAGAAGAAAGACGUGCCCGUCAACUCUGACAGCGCAGAGCCCAUGAUGACUCAAAGCCCCAGCAGCACUGACAGUUCUGAGGUCUAACAGGUCUAAUGAGAUCUAAUGAUUGAAAGAUUUAACCGAUCCUUUUAUUUUGCAAGUGCCUCAUAUUUAGCUCAAAUAAAUAAAGACUGUGUGUGAAGCAACACGAACUACAAGAGCCUAGACACUAUUCAGAAAACUACUUGAAAUACUGCAUCACGUCCAAAGCCAGGGAGUGAUCUGGACACUG